AUGAUCGCCACCGGUGGUCUGCUGCGUAUGAACCGGCGCCAGGACUCCCUACGCGCCAAAAACCGCGCCGAGAACAAGCGAAAACGGAAAGCCAAGAAGAAGAAAAAGAAUGACGUCGUUGUAGUGAAAGGGAAACUCAACCUGUGCUCGCCCGCUGGUCUCGUAGCAGCUGUGGGCAUACUCGUUUUGCUCGUCGGCGUCUCGAUGGCCGUCUUGGGGUACUGGCCGAGUCAAAAUCAACACGAAUACCAGGAAAGACGGCGUACGGGGGCUUUCUAUCGGAGCCGCAAAAAUCACGCCACUUCUGCUAACGUCAGUAGCGAGAAAUCGGCGCUGGAUCACGUGUUUAACGCUAGCCAUGCCAACAGCGACAACAGUAGCGUCCAAGAGCCUGCGCCGCACUGUGGAUUCCUUUGUGAUUUCCUGGACAGCUACUUAUACUCCGACAAUCUUAAAGUGUUUGGACCGCUGGUAAUGGGAAUCGGGAUUUUUCUGUUUAUCUGUGCCAACGCUGUCCUCCAUGAAAACCGAGACAAGAAAACCAAAAUCAUCAACUUAAGGGAUAUCUAUUCGACCGUGAUAGACUUGCAUAGUAUUCGCGCAAAGGAGUAUUCGCCUUUGAACGGUUUGGUGAACUAUACGCAAGCGAGAAGCGCCGAAGGGCCUUCAGGUUCGCACCCUCCGAGCGGAAAACUGACCCGAAGUUCUUGGCCAUCCACCGGGCUUGGCGAACUCGGUAGCGAUGACGUUUUUCGGCGCCCUUCGCUCGUUGAAAGACCUCGAAGUUGGUCAAGAGAUGUGCAAACUUUCACCGAUACCGUUUAUAGCAUCUACAAAGACUACAGCAAUAGCGCGGAGCAAACGCCACAGCCUAAACCUUGGGACCCCACUUCUAUCGUGACAUCGUCCGUCAACGCGUUCACGUUACCGGUGAUCAAACUCAACAACUGCGAAGUGGAGGAGUCGGAGAAGCUGGCGGCGGCGGACCGGAGGCGCUCUCAGGAGGAGGUCGUCAUCGAAACCGCCAUCGAAUCUCAAAGCAACGAGGAAGACAUCGACAUGAGCCAAACGGAAGAGACGCAGCUGACCGAUUUUGACACGUCGUCGGAGAAUCCAAACCACAAGGAGGACGAAGAGGAGGUUUCGGUGGCUGUGGUAGUGACGUCGGAUCAGCAGCAGGGGGCGGCGCACGAGAGCAGGACCCAGCUGUUUCCGUCGUCUCCUGUAAAGGUGACUACAGGAUCGAGGUUAUCCCUGAACUCUCUUUCGGGGGAGAGGGAGCCCAGGUUGGUGCGGAGAUGUAGUCUGUCCGUAUCCGCCAGUCGGCAAAGCGAAAGGGCGCGGCGCUUCAGCUGCCCCAAACUGGAGCGUUCAAACAGUAAGGGCUAUAUUAAACUGGCGGACCUGGGGGGAGAGUCUUUCGAAGCCCCCGACACAGAGACCUCUUUGGCGGGGGGCGAGGGAGACGUUACCGCGGAUACCAAGGUGGACAUAGAAGCUCAGGGAGAGGAGGAAGACAAGACGAACGCUGCCGGGACGUCCUCGGCAGAAAUCUAG